CUCCAUCCAGAUCUCAGUCGACAGUUACUAAACCAAGCUAGCUAGCACUUCAUCUUCUUCAUCAUUAUCCUUCUCCUCCUUAAUUAAGCAAGUACUAUCAAAUAUCCAUCAUCUUCCUCCUCCUACUACUAGCCUCCUCCACCUCUUGAUUAUGGACUUGGGAUCUCCUUCAGAGCAUCUUUGCUAUGUUCGCUGUGCCUACUGCACCACUGUUCUCGCGGUUGGAGUUCCAUGCAAGAGAAUGACAGACACUGUGACAGUAAAGUGUGGCCACUGCAACUCCCUCUCCUUUCUCAAUCCCAAACCUCCGUUCCAAACACUGUGCUCUGAUCAUCAUCAAACGCUGCUUCAGAGGCCAUGCAACUUUCUGUGGAAAGGGCAACAUUCACUAGCUUCUUCAUCAUCUACAGUUGCUGAAGACAUGAACCCAAAAGCAGUGCCCUUUGUCGUUAAACCUCCGGAGAAGAAGCACCGCCUCCCAUCUGCCUAUAAUCGCUUUAUGAGGGAAGAGAUACAGAGAAUCAAAGCUGCACAGCCUGACAUUCCACACCGUGAAGCAUUUAGUACUGCUGCCAAGAAUUGGGCUAAAUGCGACCCUCGCGCCCUUUUCUAUUCUGCUACCGGUACCAGCGGAGCAAGGAGGGCAACAACAGCCAUUCAGCAAGAGAAAAGAAGUGGCGUCCCGGUGGAAAGCUUCGAAGUCUCCAAGCAUGGGCAACUGCAUCGCAUGGAAUAAUUAAUAAACCACAACUACAUGUGCUAUUUCAUCCGUAUAUAUAUGACUGGGACUUUCUUAAUUUUAUGUACGUUUAAUGGAUCUAAGACUCUUAAAAACA